CCUAAUUUUAUUGAUAAGAAGUAAAUCCGGCUCCUUUAAAUCUGUUUUUCUAGUUGCACUACAAUGGGAAAUUGGUGUGCUUUUGACAGUUCUGUGCUUCAGAGAAUUUGCAUCAGAAGUCCAAUCACAUAAUAUCAAUAGUCUGUUUCAUUUUAAAGGGCUGUUUUGUGUUAUCCGUCUUCUAUCAACAGCGAUGAGUGUAGAGGUCCAUCCACUUACAAGCAACCCUACAGCUGCCUGGAAGGACAUUAGCAGGACUCAAAAAGUCAUCAAGUUAAAUGUCUCGGUACCGAAAGCACCAGUAGCUCAAGACAAGGUACGCUUUGUUUGUAUGAGUGACACACACUCAUUGACUUCACACUUGAAAUUUGAUAUCCCGGCUGGAGAUGUGUUUAUUCAUGCUGGAGAUUUCACUCGAUGUGGUGGCAUUGAUGAGGUCAUCGAAUUCAACAAUUGGAUCA